AUGCUGGAUAUACCUAAGGCAAUGCGCUUGCACCCGACGUUCUACGUCGGACGCCUCAAGCCGUACUACCCCGCUACGAUUCCGUCCGACGCUCACCCUCACCAGGUGCUGGCGCGUAAUCCGAUCGCCCAGCAUGACGACGCUGCCGCCGAGAAAGCAAGAGGCCUCCCUCCUCUCCGCUGCCCGAGGCCCACCGCACCUGUUCAAACUGAGAAGCGAGCCUCUCAGCCACGUAUGCGCGCUGAUCAGCAACCUCCGCAAGCUGUCGAGCCUCCAGUGCAUCGUCUCUCGCCUGAUCGGCCUCCCGACGCAUCAGGCGAUACUGGUCGAUCGUCAAACGCUCCACUGCGCCGCUCUCCUCGACUCCACGAGAAUAAACCGAAUCACGAAGCCCGCUAUCGACGAGACCCGCCGCCACCACUAGUUGAUGCGGCGGGUAACGAACGCUUGAUCGUGGAGAGACUUGUCGACCACAAUGUGCGUCGUGGUCGUGCCCGUCGUAGCGAAAAACAUUAUCGUGUCCGCAGGCUUGGCCACUCUCCCACUGGUGACACGUGGGAGGCACGUAGUCGCCUGCUUGAAGACGUUCCCGACGUGGUGAACGACUACGAGGCCUCGCUCGUGACCGCGAGCGUGACUGCUGUCGCUGUGAAUGACUACGAUCCCGAGAACGACUUCGGCUGCGCGGAUGCCAACGUUGAUGUGAUCCCCUGCGGUGAAGUGUGUUGCGUAUCUCCGCCUGCUCCAGCUGCGACCGCGAUCGGUCGUAGGGACCGACUGCUUGCCGCUCUACCUCGCUCAGUGGCCAGAGCUCCAGUUGAUGCUCCCAUUCAGCGCGAGUCGGUCGAUCCCGAGUCUCAGAGCAGUUCGCACAGCCUUCCACAAGGUGCACGUAGCCGAUUCGCCACUCGCGCUGUACACACGCUCCCGCAACUCGCCAAUAGCAUGGUUGCUCCUAUUGCCCUCGCGGUCUUCGAGCCAGGAUGUGAAGGACAGGCCUUCACGUCGCGCGGC